GAUUGGGCUUCCCCUUGACCCCUUUUUUUUCUUUCUUUCCUUCCUCAUACCAUACACCCAUUAAUAAUCAAUUGAUAGAGGAAUAGGGACAAAACAAAAUGCCGCAUAAUAGUUGUUGCUCGCGAAAGUCUGGUGCAGCAGAAUUCUAUUCUAACUCUGCAGUCAAUCAAUAUGCCCCAAAUAAAGUCAUUGAACCCAUUCGUCAUGACAUUAGCUUACAGUUUCAACAGCUUUCUACGAAAUGCUUUAUGGGCAAAACAACUCUUACGUUUAAACAUAAUGGAAAAGCACUUGUUAGCAACGCAAGAGAUCUUCAAGAGAUCCGUUUGAAUGCUGUCGAUUUUGAAGAUGUCAAAGUGUCUGGUGAAGGACUCAAACAAUAUCAUUAUAGCGGUCAUCAUAUUUUACUUGUAUGGGACACGUGUUUUAAUAAAGAAGAGGAGCGUAAAGUAACGAUCGAAUAUACUGUGGAGAAUCCUGUUGCUGGUGUCUACUUUGAUAAAGACGAUGAUAUGAUCAAUGCAACAGCCCAGUGGGCUGUCACCUAUUGUGAAACCGAAAAGGCUAGAUAUUGGCUGCCAACCGUUGAUUUCCCAACGGUAAGAACUUCAUUGACGUAUUCCAUCACUGCACCUAAAGAGUAUAUCUCUUUGGCCAAUGGUAGUUUAGAGUCUACAGAGGUUCACGGAGAGAUGAAGACUACCAAAUGGAAGUUGGACUAUCCAUGGUAAAUUUGUUACAGGUACCUUUCUUUUUAUAUAUAUAUAUAGUAUUCACCCAGUCGUUUUUCUAUCGUGAUUAGUCCUUCUUAUUUACUCUGUUUUGCUGUUGGUGAAUUCAUUGAAGUGGAUGACGGUGAAGUCAAUGGAAUGCCUAUUAAAGUAAUGUCUUGCAGUUUCG